CUAAAAAUACGCAAUAUGCGAACAGCGCAAUACUGACAGCGUAGCGUGAAGCGCGUUAGUCCCCAUCCACACUGACGCGGGACUCCAGCCCGGUUGUUGCAGCAUCAGCGGUAGGAGGAGAUACAGAGGGGAUACAGGGACUCCUGCAGGCUGAUUUCAGCAGCUCAGCACUCGCAGGUGGGGACGCGCACCGAUCCGGAGCUUCGUCUGAGAGCCGAGCGCGCGCACUCACUGACUCGCUCGCCCAAAUUAAUAAAUCAAAUAAUUAAUACAGCGAGAUCGUGUUCAAACCAACUACAAUGAGAGCAAAUCUGUCGCAGUCAGUCCAAUCCUCAUAUGAAUCCCAGCCAUUUAAAAUUUGAUGAGCAGUUUUUGGAGAGCUCCUUGGAUUGAUCCCAGUGUUUUCCAGUCAUGAAGAACAGGAGGGAAUAUGUGGAAUACUGGAGCGCGAUUAUAGUGUCUCUCUUCUGGAUUCACAGCUCUGUCGGGAUGCCCCAUGUCAUACGGAUAGGGGGGAUUUUUGAACAAAUGGAUGGACCUGUGGCGCUCGUCAGCUCCGAGGAACUGGCUUUUAAAUUCGCUGUUAAUAAUAUCAACAGAAACAGAACAUUAUUGCCCAACACAACGUUAACAUACGACAUUCAGAGGAUUAAUAUCUAUGAUAGCUUUGAGGCCUCCAGGAAAGCGUGCGACCAGCUGUCUUUAGGUGUAGUUGCCAUAUUUGGACCGUCUCACAGCUCCUCAUCGAAUGCUGUACAGUCUAUCUGCAAUGCCCUGGAGGUGCCACACAUUCAAGUGCGAUGGAAACACCACCCGAUGGACAACAGGGAUUCAUUUUAUGCCAACCUGUACCCGGAUUACUCUUCUCUCAGCUAUGCUAUCUUAGACCUGGUGCAGUUCCUCAAGUGGAAGACAGCCACCGUGGUUUACGAUGACAGCACAGGUUUAAUCAGACUCCAGGAGUUAAUUAUGGCUCCAUCCAGGUAUAACAUCAGGCUGAAGAUCCGACAGCUCCCUCUGGACACCACGGACACCAGACCUCUGCUCAAAGAGAUGAAAAGGAGCAGAGAGUUUCGCAUUAUCUUCGACUGCAGCCACAUAAUGGCUGCCCAGAUCCUCAAACAAGCCCAGAUGAUGGGGAUGAUGACAGAGUACUAUCACUACAUCUUCACCACUCUGGAUCUCAUGGCCAUAAACCUGGAGCCGUAUCGCUUCUGUGGUGUCAAUAUGACUGGCUUCCGCAUCCUAAAUGUGGACAAUCCUCAGGUUGUCUCCAUUGUGGAGAAGUGGUCCCUUGAGAGGCAGAUUCCCCCAAAACCAGACUCCGGUCUCCUGGAAGGGAUCAUGACGACAGAUGCUGCUCUGACGUACGACGCAGUCCACAUUGUGUCGGUUUCUUACCAGCAUGCGCCGCAGAUGACUGUCAACUCAUUGCAGUGUCAUCGCCACAAACCCUGGAGGUUCGGAGGACGCUUCAUGAGUUUCAUUAAAGAGUCUCAUUGGGAUGGCCUGACGGGACGUCUGUGCUUCAACAAAACCACAGGUCUGCGCACUGACUUUGAUCUUGACAUUGUGAGUCUUAAGGAGGAAGGCCUUCAAAAGGUGGGGAAGUGGAGUGCAUCUGGGGGGCUGAACAUCACCGAGGUCCCCAGGCAGAAUGGCAUGAACAUCACUGACUCACUUUCCAACCGCUCUCUGGUCAUCACCACCGAUAAUGAGGAGCCAUAUGUCAUGCUUAAGAAGUCUGACAAGGCACUCGUCGGCAAUGACCGCUUUGAGGGCUUCUGUAUUGACCUGCUUAAGGAGUUGGCCAGCAUUCUGGGGUUUUCCUACGAGAUCCACCUGGUGCCGGAUGGAAAGUAUGGGUUUCAAGAUGAUAAAGGCCAGUGGAAUGGGAUGAUAAAGGAACUCAUGGAACAUAGGGCUGACCUUGCUGUGGCUCCUCUCACAAUCACCUUUAUGCGGGAGAAAGCGAUUGACUUUUCCAAACCUUUCUUGAACACUGGCAUCAGCAUCCUGUACCGUAGACCCAACAGCACCAACUCUGGCUUCUUCUCCUUUCUGAACCCAAUGACCCCUGAUAUUUGGAUCUACAUCCUGUUGGCCUACCUGGGAGUCAGCUGUGUACUCUUCGUCAUUGCCAGGUUCAGCCCGUACGAGUGGUAUGAUGCCCAUCCGUGUAACCCAGGCUCCGAUGUGGUAGAAAACAACUUCACCCUUCUCAACAGCUUCUGGUUUGGCGUGGGCUCCCUCAUGCAGCAAGGUUCAGAACUGAUGCCUAAAGCUCUCUCUACUCGAAUCAUCGGAGGAAUCUGGUGGUUCUUCACCCUCAUCAUCAUCUCCUCCUACACAGCGAAUCUGGCUGCUUUCCUCACAGUGGAGAGGAUGGAUUCGCCCGUGGACUCAGCAGAUGACCUGGCCAAACAGACCAAAAUAGAGUACGGUGUAGUCAAAGAUGGAGCAACCAUGUCCUUCUUUAAGAAAUCAAGAGUGUCUACAUUUGAGAAGAUGUGGGCUUUCAUGAGUAGCAGGCAGAGCACGUCAUUCGUCAAGUCCAUUGAAGAUGGGAUUCAGAGAGUGCUAAAGUCAGACUACGCCCUUCUAAUGGAGUCAACGACCAUUGAGUAUGUGACACGCAUAAAUUGCAAUCUCACGCAAGUUGGCGGGAUCAUCGACAGCAAAGGUUAUGGCAUUGGCACCCCGAAAGGCUCGCCGUACAGGGAUAAAAUCACAAUCGCCAUCCUCGGUAUACUGGAAGAUGGCCGUCUUCAUAUGCUCAAAGAGAAGUGGUGGAGCGGCAGCAGCUGUCUGGAAGACGAGCGGUACGAAACGGGUCCCAUGGGCAUCCAGAAUCUAGGUGGCAUCUUCAUUGUGUUGGCCUCUGGUCUGGUGCUGUCAGUGUUUGUGGCAAUAGGAGAGUUCAUCUACAAACUGCGAAAAAACACAGAGCGUGAACAGGUCUUUCUGCAAUGCGGUGAUGGAAGAGAUCAAACUGUCGUUCACAUGCGAGAGACGAGUGAAACACAAGCUCCACCGCCAGCCGCCAGCCUCGGUGAAGACGGACGCAGUGAUCAACAUGCACUCUUUCAACGACCAUCGCCUGCCAGGAAAGGACAACAUGAGCUGCAAAACCGCGAUGACGCCCGUGUUUCCAUGACUUGCCUGGGCGACGGCCACCUGAGGCACGUCCCUGGCGCCAUGCCAGAGAGCAGGGACUAUGGCUCCAAGAUGAUUACGGCAUUCACCAUCAACCGCAGAGACAUCCGACACCAAAUGGCCAGUCAGAACGGUGGUGGUAGCAGCAAACCAGGUAGUGACCACAUCCUAAAACCAAUGUAUCCCACCAUGCCAUUGCGAGAGGGAGGCCGAUCAGUAUCCUUCCUGUGAGAGCGAGCCACGUCUGCGAAACUAUCCGCGCCCGAGUCUGAUGUUUACAAAUGGCACUCAAAAGCGAAGCUGACGAUCUGACUUGAAGGAGCCCCCCGAUCAAACAAAAAUCAAUGUUUCUCAUCGAAACAAAGUGAAAAUGUGGAAAAUAAGCUUUUUUUGAGCACGGCAAUAAAUUAAACUACGGACAGAUGCAAAACGGAAGUAGUUUCCUUAGAGUAUCAUUUAUAGUUGAUUUUGAAGAGUUCUGACGAUUUAUCUUUUGAUUUCACCAAAAUGCUGCUGCUUUUUGGUGGGGAUGCAACAAAAAAGUGACAUCUCUCUGAAUGCGAUGCACAUUACAGAUAUGUGGCGGACCGUAGGAACUGUUUAGUUAAUAUGCUGUACCGCAGCAGCCCGUGUGACUUGCUAGAAAAGUAAAAAAUCCCUUAGACUGCAAGUUUCCAAAGGCUAGAGAAGGUGGAGCGGCAUCCUUCGCUCACGGAAAUGCACAAACAAACAGGGUGGAUUUAAUUCGAGCCACCUAAACAAAUUGUAAAAUGAGUAACAAUUCUGUACGGCAGUUUUGAGCAAGACUCGCAGCCAUUUUGAUUCAUUCCUGCUUCAUACAUUGCAAGCAGAUGUUUUUUUUACACAGCGAGAUCUAAUGGUAAUGAUGGAUAAACACAACAGUUGCCAAAGAUCUGUCGUCCAAAUGGAUUUAGACACUUGAAAUGCAGCUUCCCCUACAGACAAGAGAGCGAGUGACAUGUUGCCUCCACUGUGUUUGUUAAAUGAGUUAUUCCUGAGAAUCACAGCCCUCAUAUCAAGAAUACUCACUUCACACGGUACAUGCAGAGGAUUCGACACAAACACAGAGUUUUUGUAUGGUGGAGAGCUAAUACAAAGGAACCCGAAACCAUUUUAGGAUGUACAUGAGAGAGAAUGUCUCUCGCCGUGUAUCUGUUUGACAAGUCCGCUAUGAUUACAGUGGCUUUUUCCAUCCGCAUCUGCAUUGAGAGCUUUCAGUGUCAACUUGUUUGAAGUUCAGCAUUUCAAAAGGGUGUGGCCUUUCGUCAAAACAUUAAAUCAGAAUACAUCUGGAUGUUUGUUAUUAUUGUAUGUUAUUAUUCCGUCUUUCAUUCUUGUUGUUAUGAGGUUUAUAACAAAAUUAUUGCAUUACUUAAAACAAACUCAAUAAAUUUGUUUAAAAGAAUACACUCAAACUGAAAAUCGCCAACACAUAGUUCCAAAACCUGUAUUUUUAUUGUAUUUUUUUUCCCUUAAGACAAAAAAAAAAAAAAAAAAAAAUGUUGGCCAGGAUGUUUCAGCUGCUGUUUUCCAUACAAUAAAAGCUGGUGGUGAUUUAUACUGCCAAGCUUAAAAAGUGAUAAAAAACAUCUUAAAAUUAGUCCAAGAAGACACGUCAAACCCUGCCUCUGCCCUGAUGGAGAAGAUUAUCUCGAAUAAUGAAUUUCACAUUUUGGCAUGUUUCUCUAGCUAUCAUGUAAUUGCAGAAUAAAUGUAGUUGCAUAUAAUGUUCAAGUAAAGACUUGUUUACACCAAGAAUGAUAACUAUAACGAUAACUAUAUUAGUGUCCAUACAAACAGAACGGUUUUGCAGUUUCGUCAUCUGCCACUUUAAAUGCUCAAUCGCUUUAGGGUGCUUUCACACUUGGUUUGAUUGCUUGGUCCAGACCCAAGUUGAUCCCCCUCCCCCUGCUCCUGCUGGAUUGUGUUCACACGGCAGUUAUUGGCUCUGAACCACAGUGUGUUUGCGUCAUCAGAGGGGCAGCUGUUUACCCCUGAUGCUAGGUAACGACUAUGCAGAAGACAGCAAAAUGAAAAAGUCAGCUUAAUUUUUGUACUUCAGAAUUUGAAAAUUUAGAUUUGUUUCCAAAGCGCCAACACAGAACGGUACAUACAUUUAUUUGUCACGAAUGUAAUGCAAAAAAAGAUUAUAUAAAUGUGAAAUAAAUUGUCUCAGGAAAGUGAGUAAACACAUAAAUACACAGUUUGACCAAUUCAGAAGUAGCAACUCACGUCCAUGAUUUAGUAUGAUUGUGUUCACAUUAGAAGUGAGUUCACAUCAUUCAUACCCCAGAUCACCCUUUUGAGGCAGACUCAAGUACAGUUCACACGUGCACGCCUGAGUUCAGAAAACAGCAUUCCCAAUUUCCAAAUAAACAAAACUCUGACGUCAAAUGAACCCAGGUGUCCACCGAAAGUGCUAGUGUGAAAGCCUCCUUAGACAGGUGGAUCUAAUUAGCUGUCAAUGUUUUUACCAUUCAUCAACUAGGAAAAAUAAAUGUCUGGAAAUGUUUCCAAUGAUAUCUGACUUCCCUAUUCUUUUAGAGCAUUUAUUAAAUAAUUAGUGAUAGUUUUCUUCUAUGGUGUAAACGGUUGUUUGUGGUGCCUUUAUUGUUAUAUAUGGAGUUUGGCAGUAUGAAUAAUAUCCCACUUUUGUUGUAUCAAACAGAGUAACUCUGAGAUUCUGGCUAAAACCUAAUUUUGGGUUUCACAGAAGAAGGAAAAUAAUACCAUUUUUGAAUGACAUGAGGGUCAAUAAACAAUGACAGAAUGCGGGUGAAUCGACCUAAUGGACAGUUCAUUUGAAGUAAAUGCACUGAUUUCUUAUUUUUUUUACAUUUGUUUUGUGCACUUUUUAUCCAUAAUAUCAUUCCAAAAUCUUCAGAAGCUUUGGGUGGUUCCAUGUUUCAUGUGGUUGAAAUCGGUCAUAUUUUAAUGCCAUCAUUUAGGUGUACUUCAUUUCAAAGCAUUCUCGCUGUUCUCAAAUUCUGCAGGACUGUGUCUGAACUUGAUGUUAAAUAUUCAGAUGAUUGGACAUCAGGUGUAAGAGGGUAGUGGCUUUCACAUUUGCAUAUUUGAGUCUUCAUUGAAUAAGGAGAGUAAACAAAUGCAGAGACGGCUACAGUAAAUUGCAAUACAAGCGUGUUGAACAUCAAAACUGCAAUACAGAUGUACGGUACUAGACCCUCUUUCAGAAAAGCAUUUAGUGACAGUUCUCAUAGGUAGUUGAAUCCAUGUGUUGUCUACAUGUGGGAAACCCUACUAAGCUACUAAACGGUGUAGGUGCUAAGAGUCUUCACCCGCUGCCCACCCGCCCACGGCAGCUCGACCAAUGAAAGACCUCUGUGAGGUCAAUCUAACGGACAGUGUCGAAAAACAAAGGCAAAAAAAAAAAAAAAAAAAAAAAAAAAGAAAAAAAUAAACAUUUUUGUGUUUUUAUGGUGAAUUAUGUAUCGAUUAGAAUAAUUUAAUGUGACUCGAUGUUUCUUUGGUGAGAGCUCAUUGUAUAUGUUAUUCAAAUUCUGUGUAAUUUUAACACUCUCUUGCAAAGUAGGGUAUAUAUUAGAUGAACAGAAAAUUACUGUAUUUUGCUAAAUAUCGAUGAUUUUUACCUGUAUUUUUCCCCCCUCAGCAAUUCUCUUCUAAAUAAUUUGUGCAAUGCUGUAUCAAGUGUGGUACAUGCACAUUGUAAUAUAGGAUCUACUAUUGAGAAACUACUAAAAUGGAUUACAAUAACAAUAAUUUAAAGCCCAGGGCCCCAAUUCCAACACAUUCAGUUCCAUUCAUAGAAGGAGUUGAUAAGAAAUCUGAGUGAUGUACUAUGUGAGGCGUUCCAGAUAUUCUGCAACAUUAUGUAUUCAUAUCAGAUGUAUAUAAAUAAGACAUAUAACAGCAUAUUCAGAGAAGAAUAUGAUUACCAGUUCCAUGUCAUUUUUCACAUUUUCCAUGAACACUAAUCAUGGAUAUUUGGCUUAUUUAAUUAUUGUUUCCCUUAUUUCUCCCACAGUGUUCAAAUGGCUUAAUAGGUUCUGUAGAGAUGUCUACAUUGUCUAAUCUGUCUGAUCACUCAGUCUUUUCUCUAAAAGCUAUUCUUCCGUGAAUAUAUAUCAUAGUAUGAUUCUUGUUCACUAAAUUGUUUCUUUGACAGAUCACCUAAAUACAAUAUUACAAAAUAGACCCCUUAAAGGACAUAAAGGAAGUUAUAACAUAUAAUAACAGACAAAAAAGGAAUAGUUCACCAAAAACUUGUCAUUAUUUACUUUUGUUUUAAGUGGAACACAAAUGGAGAAUGUUUACACAGAUUUUUCUAAAACACAACACAACACAACACAACAUAACAUAACAUA